AUGUCAAUUAAAGUUUGGUGGAAGUAUGAUAAUAAAGUAGACGAAGCAACAAAGAAAGAACUAGAUAUAAAUUGUGAUAUUGAUGAUUUUAAAAGGUUAAUUGUUGGUAAAUAUCAUACAGGAUCUUAUCAAGUUUAUUACAAAGGUAAAAGUUUGGUACCAGAUAGUAGUGUUCAACACGAUACAAAAUAUCAAGAACCACUAUUGUUAAAAAGAAUUGAAACUAAACAAUUUCAUGAUGAGUCGCUACCAUCAACAACAACAUCAUUUAACAAGAACAAAAAUGAAAUGACCCAUCCACCACUACCAGUGACAUUCGAAAGUUCGGCAGAUCUAGAUGGGAAAGUUCUCGACGAAGAAGAAAAGCAACAACAGCAGCAACAAGAAUACGGAUAUGUAUAUGAACGGCAAGAACCAGAUACAUCGAGGUGUUCUAUAUUUUGUGAUGAUAUCUUCCUUGAGAAACGAGCAGCUGUCUGA